GGCAUUUAUAGGUUAUGUCAUAUAAUUUUAAAACAAUCUGGAAAAUGAAUUUCAAAUUAAAACGUUUAUCACUGAUCUUAUGAUGUGACGUGUUGUUUAAACACGCUUGAAACAAAGUAUUGUUCGGUCUCAAGAUGUGGAUAUUCGGUUACGGGUCUUUAAUUUGGAAAAUUGAUUUUCCAUAUGAAGAGAAAAUACUGGGAUACAUCAAAGGCUACCACAGACGGUUCUACCAGCACAGUACGGACCAUAGGGGCACUCCUGAUCAGCCAGGCAGAGUCGUUACCUUAGUACCUGCAGAAGAGAAUGAGAAAGUGUAUGGUAUAGCAUACAGAAUAAAAAAGUCUGACAUAGAUUAUGUAGUCAAACACCUCGACUUCCGAGAGAAAGGUGGUUAUGAAAGAAAAACUGUGAUGUUUUACCCUUGUGACCAGGAACAAAAACCUUUUGAAAUGGUGAUUUACCUAGCAAAUCAUGAUAAUUUCAACUAUGCAGGUUCAGCAGAGUUGAGUGAAAUAGCCAAACAGGUUGUGAAAUCUGUUGGACCAAGUGGGCCUAACAUUGAUUAUGUCUGCAACCUAGCCAAAGCAAUGAGAGUAUUAUUCCCAGAAGUUUAUGAUGAACAUCUAUUUAAUCUAGAAAAAAUGGUUUUAGAUUUGUCUAAAAAUAAUAUUUGUAAUGCGUCCGCCAGCUAA